CUUAGAAAAAAUUUAGAACUGUUUUUAAAAAAAAUUUAUAUACAUAUACUAACUUCGAGAUUUAUAUAUACUAAUAACUAUCAGUUAAGAGAAUUGUAAAGGCUAAGCAGGAUGAAUGUGCAAUAUUUUAAAAGCCUGCAGAUGACGUUACGAUUAUAUUAAGAAACAAGUAAAGCUUUUUUAGACACUUUCAGAGACGACACACCGUUUUAUCCUUCGCUCGGCCGUGAUGAAUGACGGUGAGAGAAUGGCGUGCCGAAUUGAAGAGAGAAAAGAUGAAGCAAACAGAGUCGUAACUAGACUGCGGCAAACACGGUUCUUUUUUUCUAUUUUUCUUUAAUCGUUACAUUUGCAUCGCUUUGCAGAUUUCUUUUUGUGUAAGAGAAACAUGUACAUUCGUCCUUUUAAUUAAUAAAUUAUUAAAAAUAUUUUACCGCCAAUUUGAAAUCAACUUUUUCUCAAUAAAAUUUUGAAAAAUAAAAAUUAAGACAUAGUUAAAAAUUCGAGAGUGAAGUAGAACAGAAUAAUAUAUAUUAUAUUAUAUGUAUUCUAUAGAACAAAUUCUCGCAGAGUACUGUAUAACAAAAGAAAAUAACGCAUGUUAUAUUUAAAAAAUUAUAUAUAACGCGAUACAAGACAAUAUAUAAAACAUUGGUAAAAGAGGAAUUCAAAGAAUUAAUUAAAAUUACAUCCUGCAGUUAAUUUUUAGACGACGAAACUAUUACUUAAUGCAAUUCUAAUUUUACUUCAAAGAUAUAUGAUACUAUACAACAAUACAAGAGACAAGCGCAGCUAAUUAUACAUAAUUACGGACUGCUACUAAUUAACUUAACAUUAUAAGUAUAAUUUUCUCUAAAUUUACUUUUAAUAGAUAUAAUUAAACAGGAAACAGAAUAAGAUUAAAAACUAAAACAUUUUCUUCGGUAUAGAAAGAAUAUUAAGAUUAUGAGGUAUAAUAAAUUUUGAAAUUACAUUAAUCAUAUGUAAUAUAUACAGAAAAAAACCUCAAUGUUCAACGUAACUUAUUCAAAGCCAAAUCAAAUUAUCUGUUACAGAUAAACGGUAAGUUUAUAAACGUUAUAACACAUUUCAUCACAGGCGCUGUAAUUCCUAGUUACGACUCUGGUAUCAAUGAACGAACGCCGAGUGUUCACCACUGCGGAAGGUCUCUCGCGGGAAGUCCCCCGAGAAGCGAUGAUAACUGGGGGCCGAUUAUGCUCGGUGAAGAACCCGUCAUCACGCGCGCCUACUACCGCGCGCGCGAAUCGACCGUACGCAUUCGUUAUUACACAGCCACAACGUAGGGAUCGGAGUCGUGUCACGCCACUCGUUACUAACGUAAAUAACUCUUCUCUCUCUCUCAUGUGCUUCUGCACGAAGGCACUCGUUCGUUCUCGAUUCUCGUGCACACUCGUCUCUAAAAGGAUAAAGUAAACCCUAUAUUUUAGGGAAGAAAGGAGCUAUAUCAAGCAGAAGAGAAAGAAGAAAAAGAAGCCUUUUGACAAAACCGUAUCUGAUUAGUAAUUAGCACCUUACUUGUACAACAAAUCAUUCGACAAGCAUUGGGCAACAAUUGUAUAAUUGUUGAACUUGUCACGGUUAACAAAAGUCUGGUCAAGCGAAAUUUCUCCCUAUCGACGAGGAGAAGACAAUUCGCGAGUACCAAUGACGAUCUCUUGCACUAACAAGAAGCUGGACUUGAAGAGGAAGGAACCGGAGAUUAAGAGCAACAGUGUUAUGAGACACUGUAAGCCCUGUAAGCAUUCUUCCGACAAGGGUAAUGUCGACGAUGGUGUCAAGCGAUUCCACGGCGACGGGCUCGUCAUCAGGAUGCACUCGAAUCAUCACGUACUGCAGAUUACAGGCGACGGCUGUCGGAUCGUUCUGUCGAAGAAUUCUGGCAGCGUACACGUAAUCGGUGACGGCUGCCGACUGCAUGUGGGACACAACGUGGGCGACAUCGUGUACACCGGCGACGGCGGACAGGUCUUUCUCGGACCGGACUCCUCUAAAGGAAAGGUGAAAUUCGUGGGUGACGGUGGGAAGGUAAUACUCGAUUCCAGUCGCGAAACAGACACAAAGGAACACAAAAACAGGAAGAUCUACGUACAAAAGGCCACGUAUUUGUGUAAGGAAAUUAUAAAGAAGAUACCGGAGUGUGAAGAAGACUGCAGGCCAUCGAAUCAAGAGGAUCCGGACAAUGUCUUGAACGAUACGAAAGAGAAGAGCCAGGGGAAGUACGACGGGAAGCGCAGCAACGAGGAAACACGGAAAUCCUCGCGGCAUCCGACCGUUACGAAGAUCAUCACGAAGAUCCAAAGCGAUGGUCAAUGCGUAACGAAACGCUUCGGUGAUUCUUCGUUGAUCGUCAAUUCCCGUGGUCGUCCCACGAAAAGUGUGCCGAGAACUUCGAGCACGAGUGUCGAGUCCAAGUGACGUAAUCGGAGUUUCUUUGGCGGUGCUACUGUAGAAACGUUCCUAUCCCUAGAAAAAUAAAUAAUCCGAGACAUGAUCAGCAGCUGGCUGCGUAUAUAAUUUUCACAGAAAGUUCUUUCUCCAAAUGUACAAACUGUGCUAGAAGUUAUUUCAAUUUUAUUGGAAAUUUUAGGGACCUUACUGUGUGCAACGGGUUUGAGACUGGUUGCAUUUCGAAAUUGAUAGUGUGGAAGAGUAAUAGAUACUUAGAUUUUGAUAUAGGAUAUAUUUUAUAGGUAUUAGGUUUCUCCUGCCUCUUUGUGAUAUUUUUUAUUUAUUAUUUUAGUAAUAUCGCCGUACACACGUGUACACGUAACAGUACACGGUAUUCCCAUGUCAUUAGCCUAUAAAAAUAUGUUCAGCGCUAUGUGAAAUAAAUUAUUUAAGAGAAUUGUUUUUCGCGGUGUUUUCUCAGCAAAAUUACGAAUGUCAAGCUAUCAUUAGUAUGAAGAUUACAUACAUUGACGUAAAUAUGAAAAAUAGAACUUUUUACGACUGUAAUUAACGUUAACUGUAUACUGAGUAACGUAUUGUUCACUCAUAUUAAUCAUUGCGCAAAUCUUUCUUUUCGUUUUCACUUCUGUUCUUUUUUUUAACCAAAAAUAUAUAUUAAAUUGUAGAAAAAUGUUAUCAAAUAUAUAUUUUGUGAUUAAAAUUGCGAAACUUAUUAUCCUGAUUUCAAUAAAAUUUAAUCGACAUUUACAAUCACAAUAAUUCUUGUAUAAAAAAAAAAUAAUAGUAACAAUAAUGUAUUUAAUUAUAAAUAUAUAAUAUUAACAAGUAAUUUAUGUGAUUAUUAUUAUUUAGUAAGACCAUCUGUCUCUUAUAAUCUCACAAUCAGUGUAUCAGACCGAAACGAUGAAAGAUUCGAUUCAGACAACAAAUAAGAAACGUGAUAAAUCGACUUAUCCAGACAUCGAUGCGAUUUAAAGUUUGAAAUGAAAUAAAUAUAGGAAAUAGACAUGAGAGACUAAACACAGAGAGUUAAUUUAUAUUUAGACACGAAUAAAGCUAGCAACAGUGUUUCUUAAGAGCACAGUGUAAUCGAUAGAUAGGAUAUCGGUCGUAAUCUAUUCCUGGCAACCAUGUGAAGCUCGUAAGCUGGAAAACUUCUUUCCAAAGACACGACUGUGUGAAAUUACGACGCACUCAAAUCAGUCGUGAAUGAAAGUCCUUUUCUCAAUCGUAUCAUCUAUCCCAAGAGAGAAAUAUGACAAAGUUAUAUUUAAAUUAAUUCACAUUUGGUUCCAGUUUUAAGAAAAAAAUUCUAAAAAAAUACAAAACAACUAAUUUUCCGUCGAAAUGAAUUCGGCAGUAGUUUUUUAACUCAUAUCGCUCUCAUAUAAAAUCCAAGUCUAGGAAGAGAUCGCUUAAGAGAUCGCUACUUUGUUUGGUACCCUCGAUGCAAGUUGCAGCGACUGGGUGUGUGCUGGAUUCAACAGUUACCGGGAUAUUUCAGUAAAUGGACGGCGGUCACACAUGGAGCGGUCGCCGCGAGGAAGAUAAUUCUAUUUAUGAACGACAGUAAUCUGUAGCAUUCCCGAAUAUCACGGAAAGAGAUUAGUCCCACAACUUAUGAGAACUCCUUUUCCAGAGAUUUACAGUGCCACUUCAAUAUUUCCCAAUAAAAGUGCACGUUCGUAUUUCUGGACUUUCGCAGGCUUCUCCGAAUAAAGUAUUAUUGUCUAUAGGCUGAAACAUUAUAUGAAAUAUAGAUAUUUCGAUUUUAUAUUUGCUAAUUAUAUAUAAAAUUAUAUAUAAAUAAUAUAGUUAUAUAUAAAAAGCUAUAUUUCUAAACAUGUAAUAAAGCAGAGAUAAUUAAGAAAUAAUAACAGAACGAGAUAACAAAUCAAACAAGAAAUUAUAUUGAGUAAAUUAAUAUCUGUUUAUUAAGAUAAUUCAUUGAUUCAUUAAUUUAAUUGUCUUAAUAAAUUACAUUAAUUUACGGUGCCACUACCACGUUAGCUUUAGAGGCAUUUUAUUUUUUGUUUAAUUUGUUUAUAUCAAAGCCUAAUUUUCUCAUUUACAGUUAAGAAAAUCGACAUAUAAUUAUAGAAUGUAAGAUACGCUAAUAUGAGACCAUGUUCUCGGUAAUUAACUUGUCCAAUGUUGCUGUUGUUCGCGUAGUAAUUAAAGAAAAUAUCAAAAUAACGCUCGUAAAAGCAAAGAGAAGUGACAAACAUUCCAUUCUCUCUCUCUCUCUUUCUCUUUCUCUUUCUCUCUCGGGAGAGACACGAUUCGGAGUCUCUGCUCUUUGCUCUUUCUCUUUCUCUUCCUCGGAGUCUGUGCCAUGUGGAUAUAUUUAUCGUGUGUUCGCUAAAAUCAUUCCACCGGACUCGGGGCUAUGCGAGAACAAAUCUUAUCCAGCGCAUUUGCAUUUGCCGCGUGUGCUCGCUUUUUCGAACAUUAAUAUGUCAAAUGUAUAAUGGACUCCCGUUUCUAGUCCAGCAAUUAAAAUAGAUGUUAAUAAAUGCAAUCUCCCCGGCGUCUUCUAAAAGCGUCCUACUUCAAUUUCUUCGCGACAACGGACUUGAAACAAAAAGUACCGUAAACAGCGAACAUUUUUAUACACAUACAUAGUAUUAAGCGAAGAAAGUGCGUUAUCCAUAACGAAAGGAUUUAUUUAAAAAAAAGGAGAAAAUCUCAAAGUUCCUCCUUGCGAGUCCCAGUUAACAUGUAAUCGCUGUAAUGCAAAAAACAUGCAAAUACACCAAAUUACAUUAAAUUACCGUAUACGUUGUCAUUCAGUGGAGGCCUCGUACCGGCGCGGAACACGUAGACGAGUACGUGAAAGUUUAAGGCCACUCGUUAAUUGACCGAGCCAAUUAUAUCGCGCGAGAGAUCUUCGACACGCCGCGUGUGUGUGGACCCGCGCUAAUUAGCGAAUUAAUAGGCGAGCGGAAGCCCGGUGAUUCGCGCAUUCGCCGUAACAGCCGUAAAACUGCCGGCGGCCUCACCCACGCGCUUUCCUUCGCGCAGGUUUACUCGCCUCGGAUUAUUCUGCGCGGAGUUUCCUUCGCACGGUCGCGAAAGUAAGAUACAAUUUCAUCCUGCGCGUGUCGGGACGUUUUUUCUUCCUUUUUUUUUGCUAACCGGCUACCAUAACGCGAGAUCUUCUGGCUCUCUCGUGACGUCGACGAGACGAGGCCAGGGGUUACGUUAACUUUACAUCAAAAUGUUAAAAACUUUUGUUAUGUUUGUUUGGAUACAUUAUUUUCACGACGAUGAGAAUGGAAAUCGAGCAUAGAAGAACAGACACGCGUCUAAAUGUGUGGUGAUAUGGAAGUUGCAGCGAUAAGACAUACUUUUUGUUAACUUCAAAUACUUGUAAUUUAAAAGCUGUUAGUCUUAAUAUUUUGAAUUAUAUUAAAAUUUUCGUCUUGGAAUUUCUGUAUAUAUUUCUAUGUAAUAAUAAAAAUAUAUAUUCCACAGUUCUUAUAUCUCAUAUUUUAAUAUUUAUGUACAUGUAGCCAUAUAUUUUUUAAUAUUAAAUUCUUAUAUGAAAUUUGAUUUAAUAUCUGUCAAUUAACUAUUAAACAUUUUUAGUUCAAAUACAAACUUGUUUUUUUUUUGUAGGAAUUAUUCUUUUGCUUAUCGAAAAAGUAACCAAAAUUUAAUUUCCUAUUUUUAAUAAUUUUACAAAUUUAUUUGUUACUGUAAAAGUGACCUAAUUUUAAUUUUUUAUUUUUAGUUUUUUCUGACCUAGUUUUUCGACACCACUUUUGCGGUAUACGCCUCAAUUAAUCCUUUCUUCCCAUUUGCGAUCGCUUUUGUAAACGACUCUACGUCAGAGUGAUAAAUAAGCCGGCAGCUUUCUAGCUAAAUUGUGUUCUUGUAGGAGCCGAUGCGUUUGAAAGAUAACGAGAUCGAGAGCCAUUUUUUCUGACAAUUAAUUUUCUGUAACGCAUCGAAAGAAGGAUGAAAUUAAAGACGGCCGGGAAAACU